GGACUGUCACCUGUACAAGUACAUCAGUUUCAUCACUGCUCGAUCUACUUUAAAUAAUGUUUUUUAAUUUUCUAUUCUAAAUAACCUUAGAAUCAUGAAUCGCAUUUGUCCUAAUAUUUGUAAAGUCGAACUAUACUUCAACUUUAUUAAAAGUAACCUGCAUACUACUGGACCACAGCAAGCAUGGGCAAAGUCAGAUUUACCCAAGUCAUUUUUAACCUUUAAUAAAAAAAUAUAUCCUCCUCAACAAAUCGGAGAAGAACCUAGACCUGCUUUUGUAUGUCAUCAAAAAACAAAUAUUAAAUACAGUCCAGAAAAACUUUGGUAUGUUGCUUCUUUAGUUCGAGGAAUGACAGUUGAUGAAGCUGUCAAACAACUUAGCUUUGUAAACAAAAAGGGGGCAGUUUAUGUUAAAGAAGCUAUUCUAGAAGCACAAAAAUUAGCAGUAUCUGAACAUAAUGUUGAAUUUAAAAGCAAUCUCUGGAUAGCUGAAUCAUUCUCUGGGAAAGGAAUGGUAGUAAAGGGUAUCAGAAGACAUGCUAGAGGAAGAAUUGGUGAAGUAAGGUAUCAAUACAGUCACUAUUUUGUUCGCUUGGAAGAAGGAAAACCACCACAAGAUUAUUAUAAGAGAAACCCACUUACUCCUCAACAACAAUUAGAGAAGUGGAUGGAAUCAAUGCGGAAAAGGAAAAUUACCAAUUCUUACUAAUUUCAUAGAUUACUUUAAUUUAAUUAGUACUUUUAUGAUGGCUAUUGGCAGAUAGGGUAGCAAUAACAAAUUUGUGAUGCGAUGCUUUGUUACCUAAAUAGUAAAAAUAAUAUGAUAUAUUAUUUUAGAAAUUAGUCAGUAAAAUAAAUUAAAAAAAAUACAAAAUUCAAAUGUAGUAUAAAAUAUGUUUAUUUAAUUUUUUAUCCUGCAAUUGUAUAAUAAAAUAUUGUAAAAAGGCUCAUAGGCAUAAAAAUAAAUUUAAGAUCAUAUUGUGAAUACAUGUUUCUUAGAGUAUUUCACUUAAAUCUAUAAGUACUGGCAAAUUGCUAUUUACAGAAAAUGCAAAUAGCAAUAAAAAUCAUACACUUAAUGAGGUUCGAGUUUCUGGUUUUUUAGGUACAUAACCAUAUAAGAAAAUUGAUCCAAUUACAAAUAUAGUACCUAAAGCAAACUGUACAGUCAACUGAAAGUCGAAAAUAUAUAUAGAAACUAUA